CCCUGUUUUAGGCUUACGGGAUGUGACAGCUGACUGAAAAUCAAUGAAGUGUGAUCUACCGAGCCUCAUAAUGAGGGCAAGAUAAGGCUGGAAAGGUGCUGCCCUGCCUUGCAGACUCAGCUGUCCGCCCUGGUUUUCAACUAGAUUGUUUUAGUCUCCUACGAAGAUGAGACUGAUUUGCUUAUGAAGAGAGAAGAUCAGAUUAGAAGGAGAAGCCACAGCGGUGCCCAUGCUGUGCCUGGUGCUCUUUGCUCUGUGUCUGAGCCACUCAGAUGUGGAUGCCUUCAGUUCAAUCGCUGAGAGUGAGGAUGCGCUCCUCAAGCACUUGUUCGAGGGCUACCAGAAAUGGGUCCGUCCUGUGCAAAACUCCAACGACACCAUCAAAGUCUUCUUCGGAUUAAAGAUAUCGCAGCUUGUGGAUGUGGAUGAGAAGAAUCAGCUGAUGACAACCAACGUGUGGCUGAAACAGGAAUGGAUGGACCACAAGCUCUCCUGGAAUCCGGAGGAAUACGGUGGGAUCACCGCUAUCCGUGUCCCCUCUGAGUCUCUGUGGCUUCCUGACAUUGUUUUGUUUGAAAAUGCUGACGGACGUUUUGAAGGAUCCCUGAUGACCAAAGCAGUAGUGAAGUACAAUGGAGUGGUGACCUGGACACCACCGGCCAGCUACAAGAGCUCCUGCACGAUGGACGUGACCUUCUUCCCCUUCGACAGGCAGAACUGCUCCAUGAAGUUUGGGUCGUGGACAUACGAUGGCAAUAUGGUGGACUUGAUUUUAGUGGAUGAAAAUGUAGAUAGGACAGACUUCUUUGAUAAUGGGGAGUGGGAAAUCUUAAAUGCCAAAGGUAUGAAAGGCAACAGGAAGGAUGGGCUGUACUCUUACCCGUUUGUUACUUACUCCUUCGUGUUGAGACGCCUUCCCCUGUUCUAUACCCUUUUCUUAAUAAUACCUUGCCUGGGGCUGUCUUUUCUAACUGUCCUGGUGUUUUACCUACCUUCAGAUGAGGGGGAAAAACUUUCACUGUCUACAUCAGUUCUAGUCUCCCUCACUGUUUUCCUUUUAGUGAUUGAGGAAAUAAUCCCUUCUUCUUCCAAAGUCAUCCCCCUGAUCGGCGAGUAUCUGCUCUUCAUCAUGAUUUUUGUGACCCUCUCUAUCAUCGUGACCGUGUUUGUCAUCAACGUCCACCACCGAUCCUCGGCAACUUACCAUCCCAUGGCUCCCUGGGUUAAAAGGCUCUUCCUCCAGAAGCUGCCUCGGCUGCUCUGCAUGAAGGGCCACGUAGAUCGCUACUCCUUCUCAGAAACCGAAGAAAAGGGAACCGCCUCGAAGUCAAAGUUCCUGGGGAAGCAGAAAUACAAGCAAGCAAAAGACAGAGAAAAAGUUGUUAUCGCCUUUCUGGAAAAGGCAGCCGACUCCAUUCGGUACAUUUCCAGGCACGUUAAAAAGGAGCAUUUCAUCAGGCAGGUUGUACAAGACUGGAAGUUUGUAGCUCAAGUCCUGGACCGGAUUUUCCUGUGGUUAUUCCUGGUGGUGUCAGUGACGGGUUCAGUUCUCAUCUUCACCCCUGCGUUACGGAUAUGGCUAAACAAUGCUUUAUAGAAAAUACUCCCACAGUAGCACACAAUAAGUACAAAGCCAAGGGAUGGUGGUGCCUUCGAGCUUAGUCUGUGUUGUACAGGAGGGAAAGCAACAGCAAGAAUGAGGGAAGGUGAUAUUUGACUGUGAGCAUUGGCUAGUGCUUUCAAUCUUCAUAUGAUUCUACCAGUUACAGAUUUUGCUGAAAUCAGAGGAGGGUUUGGUGCACAGCCAGGUCUUAAAGUGAACUGGGAUUGCACAACUAGGUUAUAAUUUUUUUGUUGGUAGCUUGAUUAUAUUACACACAGUGAUCUUACUUGAAAGGAAGAUCUGCCAGUUAAAAAGCUUCAUUAUAACAGAAGUUACAGUAGGAACACAACUCUGUACUCCGUUAUCUAUGUUUCCAAUAGAACCCACAAAGUCUCUACAGUUUCCUUCCUUCCUUCAUGCAUAUGUCAGAACUGAUAUAAUUGCAUAGCACGUGCAUCAGAAAAAGCGCAAAUACUUUUUAGAAGGGAUGUUCAAAACCUUGGCUCUCUGGUCUCACCUUGCUGCAGGAUCAGCUCAACAGUGGCACAACGUCCAUUCUUCCCAGCCCUUGUGUCAUGCAUCUCACCUCAGCCAUCAGGAAGCUACCAGGUGUUACCCACUGUUCCCUAUUAUUUGCAAUUUUGCUUGCUGCUCAUCCAGAAGGCUGAAUGAGCGGGGAUUUCCCCCAUGUUCCACACUUAGAAACUUCUUUCACCUGCUAGUUCACAAGACAAGUGGAAGAUCACCUGAAGCGUAUUGCUUGGAGGAACAGUGAUGUUCCUGAACAGUUCAGUUGGGGGGACGCUGCAAACAUAAUUUUUGGCAAAUGAAACCUGUGGUUGCUGCAGGAAUGGAGUUUCUCCUGAGUGCUGUGGGGUGGGCUGAUUACCAGGAGGAUACAUCUUUGGAUGUUGGCUUCUUCAUGUUUCCCAGGCAAUUCAGAUUUCUAUUCUUUUGAUUCAUUUAUAUGGGAUCCUCCUGCAUGAUUAGAAACAGCUCUUAAUUGUAAGUGAGAUGUGACAGAAAACACACAAGUGAAACUCUUGAGCACACAGAUGAAGCUCUCACCACCUUUGCUAGGGCAGUGUUUUCCCACACAGAGUGCUUUAGAAAAUCCCAUUCAGAACUUGUAAAUGUUUUCAAGGCUAGCAAGGGAUUGGAGCUCCAAUUUUUGACUAUCUAAAUGUAUGUAAAACCCAGGGGUGCAGGUUGGAAAGUGCUAAAAAUACAUAGAGGUAUUCUUGUGCUUGGAUUUUGCAUGCACGCCAGACCUCUGUAAAUUAACAUAAUCUUAUCUCAUUGUGUCAAUGCAGAAAAUGCUGUUCA